AUGCAGGACAAGAAGGGCAUCUCAUCCAAAAGGUCAGUCACCGCACCUAACAUACCGAAGAGGAACCGUACCCCAUGUCAGAACGAGGAAGGUGCACCCAAUUUGGUCAAAGUUAAUCCUUAUAAAAUUGCACGAGCAACCUCCUUCAAUGUUUUCAUGGAGUAUGGGGCACCUGCUGAUAGCGAUGGUCAAGAUGUGGAUCCAGUGGCUGAACAACCACCAAUUGAUGAUGCACCAAAAGCUUCCUUGUCCAAUAUUCAAGAAAAAAUAAAGGAACCACACAAGGGAGAUUUGGUGGAUAAAAUCUACAAAGCUCCUAUCAGUGAAGUACAAACCCACAGAAAUAUGACCUUUUUUCAAGGAGCGACCUCGGCUAAAAGUUUCUUGGCAGAUCCCGUGAAGCAAAAGUCCAGACUGAAAGAUAAUGAUUUCAUUGCACCAAAAGGAUUCGAAAAGGAAGACGAGAGUUUGGCUUCAAAUCAAUUGCUAACUACGGAAGUGGCGUUAUCACCCAAAGCUUCUGGAAACACAAAUCCGGAGAUAAGCAACGACGUCCAUCUGUUGUUACCAAGGAAGAGCAAAACUCUGCCCGUGAAAAUAGGUGCAGAGCCCAAAUUGGAAAAAAGGAAAAUGGCAUUAAAUCAGGGGGCUCUCAACCUUGAUAUUGAUAAGUCAAGUGGAUCUUUGAAUACAAACUUUAUCGACAACACUGGCUCUGAUUUUGUACCCAACUUCCAUAUUGACGAAAAAGAAAGGAAUCAGGAAAGGCGUGAUGCCACUGUUAUUUAUACCAAAAAGCCUGAUAUGGAGCAUAAAGAGGAGCAAUCCCACUGUCAGGGGAUGAUUGGAGAUCACUCAAGUGUCAAUUCUCCAGUGUCAGAUAGUACUAAUAGAACUCGCACUGGUGUGAAAUCGAAAUAUGGCAGUGAUUUGAUGAGUUUCAACCUUUCGGGGCAAAACAACAUUGAAAGUGAAGAGCCAUUGAGCAAGAGAGUGUCCGGUUCAAUGGACUAUGAUGGGGAGAAACCAACCAACGUAAAGAGUGACAAUCCACCAACUUCUGUGAGUAGAAAAUCCAAAGACCACUCACCCUCUCACCGGAAGGUGGCAACAAUUACUUCAUUAUCUGUAUUUGGUGGUGUCAUUUUAGCGGGACUCCUAAUUGCUAUCUUCAUUUUAUCGCGUGGUACUCGCGAUUCUGUCAACUCUUAUUUCCGUAAUGGUCGAAAUAUACCUCAUUUGAGAGAGUUGGUCAGCAGUUAUUUGCUGCAAGAGGAAUCUUUUGGAGCAUUGACCAACUCAGUUGAUGGGUUAAGCUACGAUACUAAAAACGACAAUGAGGUAACCGAUUUAAUGAAAGGAGUCUCGAAUGUUAUGUUUCAUGGGAUUGCUUACUCACCGAACAAAGCAAUGGAGCCACAAUGUCAAUUUAGUAAACGGGACGCCAUGCUUGAUUUGGCAAAGAUAUCAACGAUCACGACACGUAUAAGAACAUAUGGUAUGCAAUGUGACCAAGCUGAGUUGAUACUAGAGGCGAUCGAUCACAUGAACCUAAACAUGACAGUGGCAAUGGGGGUGUGGAUUGGUAAGAACGAUACCCUAAACAAGCAACAAAUGGACAUGAUGAAAAAAGUUGUUGCAAAGCAUCUGGAUCCUGCCAGAGUGGUAAAUUCUAUAUUCAUUGGAAACGAGGUGCUAUUCAGAGGAGACAAAACAAAAAAGGAGUUGAUUGAGUACAUUCAGGAUGCCAAAAGGUUCCUACAAGUUAUGAAAAUUGACGAUAUUCCUGUAGGUACAUCAGAGGUGGGAUCUUUGAUUGACCUGGAGUUGUUGAGAAAUUGUGACGUUGUUGGAGCAAAUAUACAACCCUUUUUCGGGGGUGUUUCUGUUGAAGAUGCUACUCAUUGGAUGUUACGCUUUCUUGAUCUUCAGAUUUUGCCUCAUAAUGAAAAUAUAGGUACCCCUAUUGUUAUCACAGAAAUUGGGUGGCCAAGUGGAGGCGGUCGUUAUCGCUACGCACAAGCUGGAAUGUCGAGUUUAAAGAUAUUUCUCAGUACUUUUUUAUGCACAAUGAGGGAAUUACCAAUCGAGUACUACUUUUUUGAGGCAUACGAUGAGCCAUGGAAGGAGAUUUUUUGGACUGGCAAUCAAAAAUGGGAGACACAGUGGGGGAUAUUCAAUGCUGACCGACUGAAUAAAUUUGCUCUUCAAAACAUAGGUUGUAUUUGA